AUGCCCUCCCACACGGUAAUAGUAACCGGCGGCGCCAGCGGCCUGGGCAAGGCCAUCGCGACAGCCUUUCUCGCCGCAGGAAGCAACGUGGCCAUCUGCGACGUAAACCAGGAGCGCCUGAAAGCGACGGAGCAGGAGUGGCUCGCGGCAGGCACCGAGGCCGAGCGGGUCCUGGCCCUCGUGACCGACGUUACGGACCCAGCGUCGGUCCAGGCCCUCGUCGACAGCACCGUGGCCCGGUUCGGCCGCCUCGACCUGCUGGUCAACAACGCCGGGAUAAUGGACGACUUCUCGCCCGCCGCCGAGUGCUCACCCGAGCAGUGGGCGCGCGUGCUGGGCGUCAACCUGAACGGGCCCUUCUACGCCACCCGCUCGGCCGUCGCGCAGUUCAAGAAGCAGGAGCCUGCCGGCGGGCUCGUCAUCAACAUCUGCUCCGUGGCGGCCAAGUCCGGGCACAACGCCGGGGCCGCCUAUACAGCGUCUAAGCAUGCCCUGCUGGGCCUGAGCAGGAACACGGCAUUUGCAUACGCCGACAAGGGCAUCUACUCUGUUGCGUUGUGCCUAGGUGGCAUGGCUACCAAUAUCGCCGAUGCUUUUGGGCGGGGUUUGGACAUGGAUUUUUAUCAGAAGUUCGAGCAGUCCCAGGAGAAGUUCGACAACGAGAAGCACCAGGUUUCCAUAGAGAACGUGGCUAAAUACUGCGUGUUCCUGUCCGACCGCGGCAUCGCCAAGAGUGCCAAUGGGUCGUGUCUGGACUUUUCCAACAACUGGCCCGCACAGUAG